GAACAGUUAGCUGGAUCUGUCAUUUUAGUAUUCAGUGACACAUCUGCACAAUUUUCUUUAAGCUACAUAUUCAGUUAAACUGUUAACAAUAAUAAUUCACAAUCAAAAUAGAAAUAAACCAUGCUAAUGUACAUGUUUUACACAGUGAAGUAAACCGUAAGUGGAGCAGUCAGACAAAGAUGUUCACAUCAUGCAGCUUUGUAAUGUUUAACUGAUGAAGUGUACAGUUGUAAACAUUAUCUUCUCAUUUUCAUUUUUAUCUAACCAAAUGUGGAUUUGGUUAGAUAAGACCUGAAGGUUAGACCUGAAGCUCCUCUGCCUGGUGAAUUCAUUGAUCUUCACUUCAGCUGCUCUGCAGAGAAACCAUGCUGAAACCCUGUGGAUUUAGUGUUAUUAUCGUUCAGCUUUCUUUGGCAGCAGGAAUGAAUGUUGAUUGGAGUGUUCAGAGGACUCCAUUCGGCUCUAAUCUAGGAAACAGGGCAUAUCUUUGGAGAAUUCCACCAAGGUCUGACCUACUACACACUGAUCCUGGAGACCCUGGAAAGUGGCCAACUUAUAGUGACAGAAAUACCAAGUCAAAACUAAUGAGUAUAAUCAACACAAGAGUAGAUUUGUGGUUUAGAGAAUCUCUGAUUUUGUCUCAAUUGUGUCAAAUUAUCACUGACUGCUGGAAUCCUGUUUUUCAUGUACUGUGUUCCAGUAAUCAGACAGUACCUGCUUGUGUUGGAAGUACUUGUCUCAUUAAGGAGGCUUUCCCAGUUUAUUCGACUCAGGCAGACAGUUUAACUUUCGGUCAUGACACAUUUGAGACAGAAAUGAUGUCUAACCCACAACAUACGACCUUUGGGGAAGGAGGUUACACUAAAAACAGCCACCAGACUAUAGUUAUUAUGGAAGAGGACCCUGUAGUGAUUGAGGCAGCCACUUACCUCUUCAAGAGGCAUCUCACUGUAUCAACUUUGCUGAGGUACCACAAGGGGGCGCUACAUAUGAUGAGUGGAAGCCAUUCCUUUUCUACUAAAAAUCAUGAUGUCGUACUGGUUGGCCACAGCAGCAAUGGUGCCAAUGGAACAGUCCAGCUAGCUGCUUACGGCCCAGAAGAACUUGCCAGAUUUGUGUCAACCUUAACAACUGACAGCAUUUUUGGUCAUCUUGGCACAAUCCGCCUCAUCAGCUGCAACCUUGGAAAUAACCUGCACUUCAUGUUUCAGCUGCUACAAGUUCUUCGGUCUCUCAGUGUGGAAACUCAACUACACCUGUACAACUCUUUCCUGUCUGUUAGUUCUGAUGGAGACAUAAUGACGAGGACUGAUGGAGUCUGGAGGUCCCAUGACCACAGCAAAAGCGUUAUUGCUGAACUAGACCAAAGAGGUGAACUGCUUAUAAAAGUGGAACUUGGCUGUGCAGGGCCAGUGUUUUCUAAUUAUGAAGGAAAUGUUUUGUAUCUUCAGACACUGGAUUGGCCAAGUCACCCUCAAAUGUUCGUUCCAAUGGAACUGCGCAAAAAGUACCCUUCUAUAGAUUGCCUGGAGGGGCUUACUUGGAGCUUGUUCUUUGAGGAGAAUGAAAGAAGGCGUGCUCCUGAUUAUGUCCUAGAUGAAAGACUCCAGAAAGCAAUUUGGCUUACAGAGCCAGGACCAGAAGAAAACAACAUUGUCUUGAAGCAUAUCAUUAACAUUAAUGAUCUACUUGUGGAGAUACGAUACAAUGCCAAAGAGGAAGUUGCAUCCGACCUUUACUACGUUCUCAAUGAAUGCAUUUACAAAGUACACAGGAAAAAUUUAAAUGUAAGUCUGGCAGGCAAGUUCAUGAACACUGGCAACCAAGCUGAAAUUGAAUAUUUCCGUCAGAAUUUCAGUGAGAAGCUGGGUGAGUUUUCCCUGCUGCAGCUGAGACAGGGUCUCAAAGCAUCCAAAUUCAAUGACUUCUGUCGCCAGACUUUCCAGUUCCAGCAGUGUAACUACAACUGUGAGAGAUGGGGUCGUUACUUCAUGGCUGCAGUGUUUUCAUCAUCUGUGUGUAACUUCAGAACCUUCUCGCUUUUCCUUAUGAGUGUCAUAGGUUGUGAAGUAGGCCGCUCACGAGGGACUGACAGUCCCCUGUGCACAGCGUUUGUUGGAGUUGACCACCCCAUGGUGACUGACCAACCCUGGCCUGAGCAUCUGCGACGAGGAUUCUACGGCUGUACUGUUGACAACUAUGAAAUGGCACCACAGAACAGACAAAUUUGGUUAGAUCAGGUUGUUGCAAAGGAAAAUACCCUGUACAUCAAAUCGAAACAGCUGAUGAAUGCUGUCGGCCAUGAUGAGCAAACAGAGCUGGAAAUCUUUGGGAGGGUUAAAGUCAUGAAUAAGUAUGUGUUCUCAUCUUAUCUUGAAUACUUUCGAGGUACACCAGAAGGAAAGAAACUCAAGAGAGGAUGUACUCCCUUCCCAUGAGAAUUUAAAUCCAUAAUGCUGUAGUAAAGUUGGAUCACAGUAGUUCAUCUCAUUGUGUUUUUGUUGCAUAGUUAUUAGUAUUCUUCUAUGCCGAAAGGUUUGACACAGAUGUUGUAUUCUGCCUGACACUGAUAUGAUACUGCAAUAUAGUGCUGCAUAGUCUACUUCUAUUGCUUCAGCUUUCUGGUACUGCUUCAUAUUUGACUGUCUAAAGAGAUAAGCGAGUGGGAAUGAUCCUGAUAAUGUACUUAAAGCAAUAAAACAUAACUGUUACAGCAGAUACCUCACUUUUUCAUAAAUACUACUUAAGCUGUGAGGAAUUUCUUUCUUAUAAAUCAGUAAAUGAUUAAACAAUAUCAAAUUGCAUGUUUGUAUGUUUAUUACAUCAUUUUUCUUAAGGUGUCACACAGGUCAGAAUACAGAGAAUUACAAAAUAUAAAUACAUAGAAAAUGCACAGUGGAUGCAGGAUCGCACAGUGUAAAUCAUUACUUGUAGAAAGGUACACAAUUUGAGGUGUUUCACCACAUGAUUGCGAAGUCAAACAUACUGAAAUUUAGAAUCUAUCCAAGGUACACUUUUGCGUUUUGUUACUGACACACACAAGGUCAAAUUCAGAUGUCGCUGUUAGACCAUUCAACAAGCACUUCUUUUGAAGAUUAAAGUUGAUAUGGAUGACAAGGCGUACGACCAGGUAUACUUUCAGAGCGUUAUGUUGAUGUGGACAGUUUGAUUGCCUAUAAUAA